UGGCGAGCACGUCAAGGUCUGUUUUUCUCAUUUAUUUUUAUUCCUGUUACCGUCGUACAGAAAUAAUUUGUUUAUAUAUUGUAUGACUGAAUUUUAAUAAUGUUGGUUAAGAUUCUACAAUUGAGGCAAAUAAGGUGGUCUGCUAUGCUCACCCCGACGCGCCGCUUAUCGAGGAUUACCGGGCAGGUGAUAUGAUAUGUUCGGAAUGCGGCCUCGUCGUUGGAGACAGAGUAAUUGAUGUGGGUUCAGAAUGGCGUACAUUCAGCAACGAGAAGUCGGGAGUAGACCCCUCUCGUGUCGGUGGGCCGGAGAACCCUCUCCUCUCAGGCGGAGACCUUUCCACAAUCAUUGGUCCUGGCCGUGGCGACGCUUCAUUUGACAGUUUUGGUGUAUCAAAGUAUCAGAACAGACGUAACAUUAGCAGUACAGACAGAGCACUGAUUAAUGCGUUCAGAGAGAUCAACACAAUGGCUGACCGCAUUAAUCUUCCCAAAACUAUUGUGGACAGGGCUAACAAUUUGUUUAAACAGGUACAUGAUGGCAAAAACUUAAAAGGCCGAGCAAAUGACGCCAUUGCGUCAGCAUGCUUAUACAUCGCCUGCCGCCAGGAGGGCGUGCCCCGUACGUUCAAAGAGAUCUGUGCCGUCAGCAAAAUCAGCAAGAAGGAGAUUGGCCGGUGUUUCAAACUCAUCCUCAAAGCUCUGGAGACCUCGGUGGACCUCAUCACUACAGCGGACUUCAUGUCUCGGUUCUGCUCAAACUUGGGGCUCCCGAACUCUGUCCAAAGGGCAGCCACACAUAUUGCAAGGAAGGCAGGAGAGCUGGAUAUUGUGUCUGGACGAAGUCCUAUUUCUGUUGCCGCUGCUGCUAUUUAUAUGGCUUCUCAGGCAUCAGAUGACAAACGCAGCCAGAAAGAGAUCGGCGACAUCGCCGGUGUGGCAGACGUUACCAUCCGGCAGUCCUACAAGCUCAUGUACCCGUUUGCUGCUAAACUCUUCCCUGAUGACUUCAAGUUCGCCACACCCAUCGAGUUCCUCCCACAGAUGUAGACUGUAUGUGUUGACAUCAGUAAUAUUGACAAUAUUUAUCACUGACCAUCCGGCACUCCUACAACACAUGUUACCUGACGACUUCAAGUUGGCCACACCCAUUGAGUUCCUGCCGCAAAUGUAAUAUUUACAAUAUUUAUCAACCUGGCCGUCCAGGACUCCUACAAGCUAAUACUUGACUGUAAUUUUUUUUUUUUUCAUUUUUCAAUGUGGGGCGUAUCUUGUAUAUAGGGUCCAAAUUUUCAAAGUGCGGUAGCGACCCCUAAAAUAUAUUUAAAAAUUUACAUUAAGCGGGUGCCCCGUAGAAAAACAUAACUUCGACAAAUAAGGAGCACCCUAUUAAGUAGUUUUUGGGUUUAUCGCGAACAUACAUACAGACAGACGCGGCGGGGGACUUUGUUUUAUAAGAUGUAUAGAUACUUAUCAAGAUAUCAGGCACGACAGUAAAUUAUUGCUGUCAUCGUUUGAAGACCAGCAUAAUAAUAAUUUAUCUCAGGUUCCUAGUAUCAAUGUGAUAACUAAUAUGCAUUUGCAUCGGUCGGUAAACUCUGUGCAUUGCCCCACAGAAUAAUCGCCCGCUGUUAGUUGCAUCUUUGUGUAAAUACAGAAACUUAGUAAAAUCUGCGGGAAGGUAUUUCUUACAAUAAAUUCACAUAUUAUUUAUACCAGCAUGUGUUGAGGCCAGUACG